UUGUUAUUGAUGACGUGGUGCAAGUGUGACAGUGUAGAAUUCCUCCUACCCAUUGGGCGUUCUGUCAGACUUUUCCAAGAUGAUUGGAAAGCAAGUGCAUAGGGAAGUAGUCAAAGUCUACUUAGGUCUUCACAUACGAGUUCCAUUUUGAAAAUAUUAUUUGAGAAGCUUAAUCUUCUGCAUCUCCUCAGACCCAGCAAGCAAGACUAAGGCGGGAGAAAUGGCAGAGAUCGAAGGUGUAGUUAUAGAUUUCGGGGAUGGCUUGGUGAGUUCCGUGAGGCAACACCUCACCGCCUUGGGCGGUGUCAACCCGGAGAAUUAUACCAUCUUCCGCGUCCCUGCUCGCGUCCGGGGGUGCAACAAACGCCUGUACGAGCCCGAGAUCGUGUCGAUCGGCCCGUACCAUCACGGGAACCCGGCCUGUAAAGCCAUGCAGAUGUACAAAUGGCAGUGUCUCCGUGAUUUGCUUGCUCGCGGCCGCGACAUCUGCGUCGAUGACUGCAUCAGGAGGCUCAGGAAGCUGGAGCCGCGGGCGCGGCGGUGCUACUUCGAGCCCGUGGAGCUCGAUGGCGAUGAAUUCGUGAAGAUGCUGCUGCUCGACGGGUGCUUCGUAAUCGAGUUCCUGAUUAAAUGCUUGUUGGACAAGAAGAAGGACGCCGUGUGCAACACCGCUUGGAGCGGGCCGCUCAUCCGGUGCGAUUUGCUCUUGCUCGACAACCAGAUCCCCUUCUUCAUAAUUGAGAGUUUAUUCGCUCUUCUUGUCCCCCGCAGAGUCUCCCCUCUAAUGGAGCUCCUCGUCAUGUACAUAACAUGGGGCGAGAGAAAGGAACUCCCUGCAGAGCCAGGCAAGAAGAUUCAUCACUUGCUCCACGUCCACCACCUCUGCUUCGUGUCCACGAAAAGACCCAACAGCUCCACAGCCGGAAAUUCGAGCGUCGCCAAAUGGUUAUGGUUAAAACUGAAAAGGGCUCCUGGUUUGCUUCUCCCUCGUUUCUGCAUAUCAAAGAAGGGCGAAAAGAGAGCACCAUGCACAAUCCCGUGUGCUACCGAGCUCCAGGAGGCCGGAGUGACGUUUACAAAGAAGGAGGAUAAGAAGAAUAAGAAGGAAGCGAAUAGCUCGGGUUCUUUCCUGGACAUAACGUUUCGGAACGGCAUUCUCGAGAUCCCUUUCCUCUCGGUGGAGGACUCCACCCCAUCUGACUUCGCGAAUCUCGUGGCGUUUGAGCAGUGCAUGGGUAGCACAGAGGGGAGCUACAUGACAAGCUACGUGUGCUUCAUGGACUGCAUCAUUAACACGGCGAAGGACGUGGCGAUACUCCAGAACAGCGGGAUCAUCGAGAACAUGCUGGCCAGCGACGAAGAGCUCGCCAUCUUCCUCAACCAGCUCGGCAACGGCACGGUCAUGGACUGCGAGGAGCACUACCUGGCCCCGUUGUUUACGGAGGUGAGGGAGUACUGCGACUCGAAGAGGCACAAGUGGAGGGCCAAGCUGAUGAAGGACUACUUCAGCAACCCAUGGGCAAUCUUUUCCUUGGUGGCUGCUAUAGCACUUCUUAUUUUCACCUUCUUACAGACCUUCUUCACAAUCUUUCCGUAUUAUCAUCCUCGUAAUUAGUUAGGCUAGCACGAA